AUGGCUUUUUGUGUUUUUGUUUUUGUUGUGUUUGUGUGGCUCACAGGCACUGUUGAGGCGGUGGAUGGCGACAUUGACUGUGGGACAGCGAGGGCGUGCCACCCCUGGGGGAAUACUGAUACGGAGAAUAAGGAACAGGUACCAUGCGUGCGUGGGAAGCGCAUGAACCUUCGUUUAAUGUUGGAUGUUGCAGCGGAGAGGGCUGAUGUGGCAGCUGGGAAAGCUGCCACUGCAGUGUAUGGGUUUUGUCCUGUAGUUGAUCAACUUGAUGUGUUUACGCUGGCUUUAGCUCCUUCCGUGGCAACUCUCAGCGCCACCGGCGGUUUGUACAGUCUUACACACAACGUUGGACAAAAGUAUCUCUCCGCAUAUGGGUUUGGAAUGUCAAACAGCACGCUGUUCCCCCAGAAGGGUCACUCCACAGGGGCUGUUGUAGUCGUGGGAGACGGGAUGUCACUGUGUGGGUCCCCCCACUCCGUAGCACUUGUUCAUACCCUACUUCUGGACAUUGGCUUUCACCGGGGGCGGUUUAACUACAUUGGCGCUAGAAAGGCCUCACCACCACCGAAUGCCACAUACAGUGGCACAAGCAAUGCUACCCGGGGCUCUCACAAAGCCGAUAACGAAGAGACUGAAGUUGCUGUACAACCGGCAAUGGUCGGAUUCCGCCCCACGUGUGAUGAGAAUGACGAAUGUCUCUUUGAUUCUGCAAGUAUAUGUGUUGGGGAUAAAAUUGGACAUAAAAAUUGUGCAAAAUGUUACGACUCCCCUUCGGACAUCAUGAAGGAGAACCUUGUCGUGUGGACAUCGUACUAUGGAACCGAUGCGCAUGGUCGCCCAAUGCGGAGUGGUGGACUCAACCCGCUGAAUUAUAGACAGUUUGCUGGAAUUCGGUUGUUUAGAGACCUUGAGAAGGCACUCAAGCGCCUGAAGUCGGGUUCGCUGGGUUGGUAG